CGUACCACUUCUCCGCCUUGGAGACAGGCUUCCAGUGGUAUUUAUCACGUGUUACGGUUGACGGUUAGAAACCUCAAAAACACUUCCCCACUGUACAUUCCGCCACCACGCUCACAUGCUACGGCACCUCCGCACACGGCGGCGGCCCCGCUAUGGCGCCCAUAUCUGCGCCCUACUUGCCGCCAUCCUUCUUCUCUUAUCUGUUUCUCUCCUCCACAGCCGCCUCUCCUUCUUCAACUCCCAAUCCCACCCCCAACACCGCCCUCUUUCCCAAGACUCCCUCUCCUUGAACCCGCUCCUCGAUGACCUAGAUUCCUACUCCCUCACCACCUCAAGAUCCAAUGACGAUCGAAUAGACGAGCUCGACGAUGCCGCUUUAGACAUCAACAUUAACAACAAUAACGAUGAAGCAGAACCGGAAGACGAAGAUGACGAAAGCAAUCAAAAUCAAAACUCUGGGGUCUCUUCUAAUUACUUCUUCGAUCCCAUAACAGGCGUUGUACGGAGAUCCUACAACAAACGUUCAAUUGAAGAAUGGGAAGACUACGUUCCGUUCAAUUCAAAGCUUAGGUCAGAUUUAGGUCUGGAUAGUGAUAAUUCUAAGGCUGUCUAUGGAUCUGACGACAUUUUAGUGGAUGAAAAAUUGCGUAAUAAAUUGAGUGAAGUUAAAAAAAUGGAGGAUGCUUUGUUAUUGAAAGGAUCGGUUUUAAGGGAAGGAUGGGGGGAAUGGUUUGAUAAGAAGGGUGAUUUCUUGAGGAGAGAUCGGAUGUUCAAGUCAAAUAUCGAGGUUUUAAAUCCGUUGAAUAAUCCAAUUUUGCAGGAUCCUGAUGGGGUGGGAAUUACAGUAUUGACUAGAGGCGAUAAAAUUAUUCAAAAGAGUAUUUUAAACGAAUUUAAGAAAACCCCGUUCUUGGUUAAGAAGCCUCUGUCAAUUUCUGACUCAAGAAAGGGAGAUUUAGGUGAAAAUUUUAAUAGUGAUGACAGGGAAAUGAGGAGGGUGGAGAGAAAGACUUUGGGUAAAAAUAAUGGUAGCGGUGUGAAGAGUCGUGAGGGUUUAGAGAAAGUGAUUUAUGCGGAUGGGAAGAGGUGGGGAUAUUAUCCGGGUUUGGACGGGAGGUUGUCCUUUGGAGAUUUUAUGGAGGAAUUUUUCAGGAGAGGGAGGUGUAUGCUGAAGAUUUUUAUGGUCUGGAAUUCGCCGGCUUGGAUGUUUGGUGUUCGGCAGCAGAGAGGAUUGGAGAGCCUUCUUUAUCACAACAGAAAUGCCUGUGUGGUGGUGUUCUCUGAGACAAUUGAGCUGAAUUUCUUCAAUGGGUUUCUGAAAGAUGGAUUUAAGGUCGCUGUUGUGAUGCCAAAUCUAGAUGAGUUGCUCAAGGAUACGCCAACACACAUAUUUGCUUCUGUCUGGCAUGAAUGGAAGAAGACCAAGUACUAUCCCACUCACUACAGUGAACUUGUCAGGCUUGCUGCUCUCUACAAGUAA